UUCGUCUACGCACUCGCAGUUUGUGCUCUCAGGCUCUCCUUCGCGCUGUCAGCACUUCAGCACAAGGUGCUGUCAUGGAUCAGACUGCAAACUCGUUUGGAUAAAGUCGAUUAGGAACUUGGUAUCUGAGGAACGCAGAGAGCCUGAACUUCUCCAGUUCGUGCGUGUCUGCUCAGUACGCGCACACGCACACGUGGAAGGGAUUAAAAAAAAAAAAGAAAUAAAAAUCACCAAAGCAUUGUGAACGGUAUGAUGCUGAAGAGCAGCUGAAGAUCGGAGCAGAACCGCGAAGGAAAAUGCAGAAGAGCGUUCGCUACAAUGAAGGACACGCUCUGUAUCUGUCCGUGGUGGCGCGUAAAGAGGGCACCAAGCGCGGCUACCUCUGUAAGAAGACGACGGAAAACAGCAAAUGGCACGAGAAGUUUUUCGCCCUCUACCAAAACGUGCUCUUCUACUUCGACUCUGAGCAAAGUGCACGACCCUCUGGCAUUUAUCUCCUGGAGGGCUGCACAUGUGAACGCGUCCCGGCGCCUAAAGUGUCCACAGGAGGCAAGGAGACACUGGAUAAACAGCACUAUUUCCUCAUUGUGUUUGGCCACGAUGGCCAGAAGCCCCUGGAGCUCCGUGCCGAAGAGGAAACAGAGUGUGAUGAAUGGGUGGAGACCAUCCAACAAGCCAGCUAUUCAGACAUUAUCAUCGAGCGUGAAGUGCUCAUGCAGAAAUAUAUCCACCUGGUGCAGAUUGUGGAAACGGAGAAGGUGGCAGCCAAUCAGCUGCGUACCCAGCUGGAGGACCAGGACACCGAAAUUGAGAGACUCAAAGCAGAGAUUGUAGCCUUGAACAAAACUAAGGAAAGGAUGCGCCCUUACCAAGUAAACCAAGAGGAAGAUGAUCCAGAUAUCAAGAAGAUUAAAAAGGUCCAGAGUUUCAUGCGAGGCUGGCUGUGCCGGAGAAAGUGGAAGAUCAUUGUCCAGGACUACAUUUGCUCUCCUCAUGCAGAGAGCAUGAGAAAAAGAAACCAGAUUGUCUUUAACAUGGUAGAGGCUGAGACUGAGUAUGUCCAUCAGCUGUCCAUCUUGGUUAACUGCUUCCUCAGGCCUCUCCGUAUGGCUGCUAGCUCGAAAAAACCUCCAAUUAGCCAUGAUGAUGUCAGCAGCAUCUUCCUCAACAGUGAAACAAUUAUGUUUUUGCACGAGAUAUUCCACCAAGGCUUGAAAGCACGGAUAGCAAACUGGCCCACAUUGGUUUUAGCCGAUCUCUUCGACAUUUUGCUGCCUAUGCUGAAUAUCUACCAGGAGUUUGUGCGAAACCACCAGUACAGCCUGCAGGUUUUGGCGAACUGUAAGCAGAACAGGGAUUUUGACAAGCUCCUGAAACAAUAUGAGUCUAAUGCUGCGUGUGAGGGAAGGAUGCUCGAAACCUUCCUCACAUACCCUAUGUUUCAGAUUCCACGCUAUAUUAUAACUCUACAUGAACUCUUGGCUCACACACCACAUGAGCAUGUAGAGCGGAAGAGUCUGGAGUUUGCCAAGUCGAAGCUUGAAGAGCUGUCCAGAGUGAUGCACGAUGAGGUGAGUGACACUGAGAACAUCCGCAAGAACCUUGCUAUCGAGCGCAUGAUUGUGGAAGGUUGUGACAUCCUCCUCGACACCAGUCAGACAUUUGUGAGACAAGGAUCUUUGAUCCAACUACCUUCAGUGGAGAGGGGGAAGCUCAGCAAAGUUCGACUAGGUUCUCUCUCCCUGAAGAAAGAAGGAGACAGGCAGUGCUUUCUGUUCACCAAGCAUUUCCUCAUCUGUACCCGUAGCUCAGGAGGCAAGCUGCACCUGCUCAAACAAGGUGGCGUUCUGUCCCUGAUCGAGUGCACGCUGAUCGAGGAACCCGACGCCAAUGAUGAAGACGCUAAGACCUCAGGGCAGGUGUUUGGCCAUUUGGACUUUAAGAUUGUGGUGGAACCUGCAGAUGCUCCUGCAUUUACAGUGGUACUUCUGGCUCCAUCACGCCAGGAGAAAGCAGCCUGGACCAGUGACAUCAGCCAGUGUAUUGAUAACAUCCGCUGUAACGGCCUGAUGACCAGUGUGUUUGAAGAGAACUCCAAAGUCACUGUGCCACACAUGAUAAAAUCUGAUGCACGUCUCCAUAAAGACGAUGUUGACAUUUGCUUCAGCAAGACGCUCAACUCCUGCAAGGUUCCCCAGAUCCGCUACGCCAGCGUGGAGCGGCUGCUGGAGAGGCUGACAGACCUGCGCUUCCUAUCUAUCGACUUCCUUAACACCUUCCUGCACACGUAUCGCAUCUUUACCUCUGCUGCUGUGGUCAUGGACAAGCUGGCUGACAUCUAUAAGAAGCCCUUCACCUCCAUACCUGUCAGGAUCCAGUAUCCCUCAUUUGAUCGUUUGUCCAUCACAUCCUUCUGUCCUGAUUACAGCUUGAAGAUGAGGAAGAUAGCCAUGGACCAAUCAAAGUCCCUGGAGCUUUUCUUCGCUACCAACCAGAACAACCGUUCAAGCAGCACAGGCAGUGAGCAUCCCAAUGAGAAAUCUCCUCGCCUGUGCAGGAAGUUUUCCUCCCCUCCUCCUCUCUCGAUCCCCUCACGCACUUCCUCUCCAGUGCGAGCUCGUAAGCUCUCCCUCAACUCUCCGCUUAGCUCCAGGGUGGCUGCACUGGACUUGUCCAACCCCGUGUCCUACUCCGCCACUAACAGCCCCACCUCAGCUAACCCCUGCACCUCGCCUCCUCCUUCCAACAUCAAGUCUCCUGAGGAUCCUUCACCUGAGCAAAGCCCUGGUGCCAAUGAUGAGAAUGCAGACCAACCACGCAUCGACGCGCUCUCUGGAAAACUGCGCCGUAGCUUUCGGAGGGUCAGAUGUCACCCUUCAAGUGCAUGCUUUACAUCAGCUGUUCUAGAAUCAGCCUCAAUGGAUAAGUCCAUUAUCCCUGAGUCCCCUCAAGGCAGUGAAGCUGGAGAUCUCUCCCCCUGCAGAUCGCCUUCUACACCACGACACAUGCGCUUCAGAGGUCCUGGAGUCCCAGCAGCAGAGAACUCCCGUUGUUCAGUGUCUCCUGCUUCAGCCUUUGCUAUUGCAACAGCUGCUGCUGGCCACAGCAGCCCUCCAGUUUUUAACAACUCGGAGAGAAUGUGUGACAAAGAGUUCAUCAUCCGGAGAGCAGCCACUAACCGGGUUCUGAAUGUCCUACGCCACUGGGUUUCCAAACACUCCCAGGACUUUGAGCUGAAUAGAGAGUUGAAAAUGAGUGUGAUGUGUCUUCUGGAAGAGGUGCUGAGAGAUCCUGACCUGCUCCCUCAGGAAAGGAAAGCCACUGCGAACAUACUCAAUGCCCUUUCACAAGAUGACCUGGAUGAUGCUCAGCUGAAGAUAGAGGACAUUCUACAGAUGGCUGAAUUCCCAAAGGCAGAGUGCUUUGAAUCACUGUCAGCAAUGGAAAUAGCUGAGCAGAUCACACUUCUAGACCACAUCAUUUUCCGAAGCAUCCCUUAUGAGGAGUUUCUGGGCCAAGGCUGGAUGAAGAUGGACAAGAAUGAAAGAACUCCUUACAUCAUGAAGACCAGCCAACAUUUCAAUGAUAUGAGUAACCUGGUAGCAUCACAGAUUAUGAGCCACACAGAUGUUGGCUCAAGGUCAAGCUCCAUAGAGAAAUGGGUAGCCGUGGCUGAUAUUUGCCGCUGUCUGAACAACUAUAACGGCGUCCUGGAGAUCACCUCUGCCCUGAACCGCAGUGCCAUCUAUAGGCUGAAAAAAACCUGGGCUAAAAUCAGCAAGCAGACAAGAGCACUCAUGGAUAAGCUCCAGAAGACUGUGUCAUCUGAGGGACGAUUUAAAAACCUGAGGGAAACAUUGAAAAACUGUAAUCCACCAUGUGUCCCUUAUCUGGGCAUGUACCUGACAGACCUGGCGUUUAUUGAGGAAGGAACCCCAAACUUUACUGAAGAGGGAUUGGUCAACUUCUCAAAGAUGAGAAUGAUAUCUCAUAUUAUUCGUGAGAUCAGACAAUUCCAGCAAACUCCUUACAGAAUCGAGCACCAGCCAAAGGUCACUCAGUACCUAAUGGAUAAAACUCUGAUCAUGGAUGAAGAUACACUCUAUGACUUGUCUCUUAAGAUCGAACCCAGGCUUCCUGCUUGACCUACAGACUUGCCCUGAGACCUCCAACUAUCAAACAUGCUUCACUUUGCCUGCUUUACUGAGGCCAUAAUGUAUGCCGUGGUAAAAAAGCGUUACCCGUGUGGGAGAACAAGGAGUAAACGAAGAGCAGAAAGUCCUAGUUUGAAGUUUGCAGAAGAUAAAUAAGACAUGAGCUACGUCCACUGCCACUGUGUUGCAAGUCAAGGACUGUUCAGGUGAAAGCAGCGAACAUGGGGUGAAGAGAAUGGAGAAGAAAUGUAGCAUGUAAAGCAGCAGAACUCUGUCCUGGAGUAGAGUGGUUCAAUACUGUUCUCUCAAAGCUCCUGCUGUUAGCUUUGUGCGUGUUUAAGACUGUGGGUUCUGUCUAUUGCCCUCGUCUCUCCAAUUCUGAUGUCUCCAAACCACAUAGCAAACAAGGACAUGCUACUGGUACUUCCACUUGUUUGUCAUUUUGCCAGACUUUGUACAUUCAUAUCUGUUUUGCCACAGGAGAGUCGCAGCGAACCAAAACACUAGAUUGUUAUAUAACGGCUGAUUUUGUCAGGGGAAGGAAGUGGAAUGUACAGUAGCUCAUGAUUAGUACAGAGUCAAGCAAGUCACAGAUUAGAUUUUAAAAAGAUGGUAAAUCAUGAAUUAAUUUAUCCUUAGUUUUUGAUCCUGUUGAAUGAAAUCAUGAUAAUUUAGUAGAAUGUUAUAUAAAAUAAAUGAUAUAUUAAUAAUUAUACAUACAUAAUAUACAUCAAAUAUAGGUGCCUUCUUGACACAGUUCCCUAAAUGGUAAUAUUUUCAGAAUAUUGAUUUUAUAAAAAGGGAAGAAAAAAAUAAUUCUACUAUAGCAACUUGAUAUCAAACACUGAUCUCGUUUUAGAAUUUAUUUUUAUCGUUGUUCAAUUCGGAUCACAGAGUUUUAUUAAAAUAGAGCUACAGAAAACAAAUAGCCAUUUUAGAUGCUAUGACUAGAACCCAGUCGGCUGUAUUAGGUAUCUGUUGGGGGACACAAUGUAUUGCUCCUCUUCUACCUAUAACCUCUGCACACAAUUAUAGGACCACAGCUGAGCAAAUAUCAUUGGGCUGGUGGGCCUUUUGUAGUUCUCAAACACUUGAUGAUAAUAUCUAAUAUUGGUAAAUAAUAUCAAGUAAUAAUAAUAAUAAUAAUAAUAAUAUCAUGCCAGAAAGGUACAGGGGGUUGAGAUAUUGUGUUUGGCAAAACUACAAAAUCCAACUGUACAGUCAGUGAACCUGAUUAAAUGACCAUUGAGUGCAUGAAGAUGGUCCAGAAAUUAUGUAUGUUUUCCUCUCAGAAAAAGAAGAUAUACAGUGAUGUCUUUGGAAAGUGGAUCAGAUUGUAGCAUUUCAAUAAGCACAGAAAUAAUGCUUAGGCCAUUUUGCACUCUGGUAGAUUGUUUAAGCUGAUUCCAUGAUAAAUGCCAAUCUAAAGAUUGCUGAUUCUGAAAUGUUUUUAUUUCUUAAUGCGGGCUGGUCUUUGUUAACGGCACCAAUUUGGAGUAGCUGCUUGAUUUCAUACACAACGUUACACUGAAAUGGUUGUCAGUCUUUUAAUUGUUUUGCAUGCAACAGAUAAUGUUUGCAUGCUUGAAGACUAAAUGAAAGAUGUUCUGUGUUAAUGUUCUCACAGUUGUAUAGUCUUUGUUCAAACCUCAAAAGAACAAUAGAUUACAUUUCCAGUGGACUGCACUUUUUUCACCCUUUAUGCUCAUGAAAGCUGGAAAUUUCAUAUGCAUAUGCUGACAGAGAGCUGUCGAUCUGGCCAUAAAACAUAUUAUCAACCACUGUGCUAUAUGAAGACAAUUUUAUUUUUGUGGGACAAACUUUUAUUUCGAUUAAUUUGUCUUGUUGUAUGUGUCUGUGUUUGGCUGGGGUGUAGACGAACGAGGCAGGUUAGCAUAGUGUAUGGAUUGCACUUUUAGUAAUGUAGCGUUGCUUACCCGAGUGUGUUAUAGUAAUAUUUAUUUGGACAUAUUUAUUUGACCUUUUUUUGUAUAUAAUACGUAUGUCGCACAUGGGAUUAUGUUUUGAUUGUGGUUUUUAUCAUUGACAUUAUGUAAUACUUUGAUUUUGCAAUGAUUUCCUAAUCACUUCUAGUGUGCUGUUCUACUUUGCAAAACCAAGACAAAAGAAAUGUAGCAUAUCAGAUUGGAUUUCUGUCAUUUAUCUUGCUUUUUUUUAACAGAUGUAUGUAAUAUGCCUCUUGGCAUUGCAUUGCUGUUGUGCGCUGCAUGUUGAUGCAUGUCUAAGCUGGACAUGUGUAUAUAUAUAGCUUUAGCGCUACAGUUCCAGGCUUUUAUUUGAAAUAAAAGCUCAUGCUCAUUGGGAAUCCAAUUUGUGUAGUUUGU